GCGUUAUGUCAAAGAAGACAACUUUCCUUUUUAUUGAUACAUAACACUAAUAUUAUGUUUUUCAUCAGAACCCGACGUCAACGGAUUUGUUUGACUUUACUUUGUCAAAUUUGUAUGGCGUUUAUCCUCACAAUGCGGCUGUCAGAUCCACAUCUGCCUCAAAACUAAAGCGCAUGUCAGUUUAGUGAUUGACGUGAAACUUUAUGUUGGACUCGUACGGUAAUAGAAGCACGCUUUGAGUUACUUUGUUAUAAAAGAAGCGAACUUUUAGCGUAUUGAACACAUUUGCUCUUGAAGUAUAGCAGUGUCAGAACUAUAAUUGUGUGUAUUUAGCUUACAUUUAACACAUCAGUUUCCGUUAAGACCGUUUUAACCGUUACUUUUCGCCGUUUUUGAAUGAGAAAAUGAAGCAGCUCUGAGUCUUGAGGGACACCGCUUUAUUAUGCCGCUGUUUUACCUCAGGGCUGAAGGGAAAUUUAAAAGACCUAAAAAUAAAGUGUCGGUUUCUACUCCACAAAGAAUCAUUUGAACUUCCUACCGCAGAAGAGAGAAGGACAUAAAUAGUUCUGACAUGUGGAUGUAAUUUCAGAAAAAAAAGAAAGAAAAGGCAGACAGAUAAAAUAAAGAGAAAUAAAACGCGAGCGGGAGAGAGAGAGUGGGAACAGUUUGAAUCGCGCCUGCAGAGCUGUGACAAGGAAAAAGCCGUGAGAGAAUAUUCAUAUUUUUUUAUAUACCAGCGAACGAUGUACUAAUGGGAGGGGAGGAGAUGGAAGCGAAAUGACUGGCUCUUUGAAGGCACUUAAACAGACGUAAACACCAGAGAAACCCCAUUUAAAACUGACAGCACAUUUGCGUCAACUUGCGUCGGGAUGGGAGCCACGCUGAUCGUACACACUUUAGGUUUUCUCUUCUGCGGCACCUUGCUGAGUUUCGUCUAUGGUCUGGUCGAUGCUGAUGAUGUGCUCACUAAGGAGGAGCAAAUCUAUCUUCUGUUCAACGCAAAACGAAAAUGUGAGCGAGCGAUCAAGUCCAAACAUAAAACAUCUGAGGGAUCCUGUCUGCCAGAGUGGGAUGGCAUCCUAUGUUGGCCCGAGGGAGUUCCUGGAAAGAUGGUGUCCACUUCAUGCCCAGAGUAUAUAUAUGACUUCAACCACAAAGGUCAUGCCUACCGGCGCUGCGAUCUCAACGGGACCUGGGAACUGGCCUCACAUAACAACAAAACCUGGGCUAAUUACAGCGAGUGUGCCAAAUUCUUCCCCCAUUAUAACCAGAACAAGGAGAGGGAGGUUUUCGACAGACUUUACCUGAUCUACACAGUGGGCUACUCCAUCUCUCUAGGAUCACUUAUGGUGGCCACAGUCAUCCUCGGAUACUUUCGACGGCUCCACUGCACCAGGAACUACAUCCACAUGCACCUGUUUGUAUCGUUCAUGUUGCGGGCCAUUAGUAUCUUCGUGAAGGAUGUGGUGCUGUACUCUGGUUCGGCGUUGCAGGAAAUGGAACGAAUCACUGUGGAGGAUCUCAAAUCCAUCACCGAAGCCCCUCCUGCCAACAAAACCCAGUUUAUCGGCUGUAAGGUGGCAGUGACGCUCUUCUUGUACUUCUUGGCCACUAAUUAUUACUGGAUUCUGGUGGAAGGCCUGUACCUGCACAGCCUUAUCUUCAUGACCUUCUUCUCAGACAGGAAGUACCUCUGGGGCUUCACUCUGAUUGGUUGGGGUGUUCCUGCGAUGUUCGUCACCAUCUGGGCGAGUGUAAGAGCCACACUAGCUGACACUGAGUGCUGGGAUUUAAGUGCAGGAAACCUGAAAUGGAUUGUGCAGAUCCCCAUUCUCACUGCAAUUGUUGUGAAUUUUUUGUUGUUCCUGAAUAUAAUUCGAGUCUUGGCAACAAAACUUCGAGAAACAAAUGCAGGCAGAUGUGACACCAGACAACAGUAUAGGAAGUUGCUGAAGUCGACUCUGGUCCUCAUGCCAUUGUUCGGUGUUCACUACAUAGUCUUCAUGGCGAUGCCCUACACAGAAGUUUCUGGAGUACCGUGGCAAAUCCAGAUGCAUUAUGAGAUGCUCUUUAACUCAUUCCAGGGAUUCUUUGUUGCGAUUAUAUAUUGCUUCUGCAACGGAGAGGUUCAAGCAGAAAUCAAGAAGUCCUGGAAUAGAAGGACUCUUGCUCUGGACUUCAAGAGAAAAGCCAGGAGUGGCAGUAACACAUACAGCUAUGGACCCAUGGUUUCUCACACCAGUGUUACGAAUGUGACGGCGCGGGGUCCGCUGGCCCUUCACCUCACCACCCGACUGGGGCCCGUCACCAUUAACGGCCACAGAAACCUUCCGGGAUACGUGAAGAACGGCUCCGUCUCAGAAAACUCCAUCCCGUCUUCGGGUCACGAGCUCCACAUACAGGAGGAAGAGCCUUCAAAGAACUUCCAGAUGGAGAAAACCAUUCCAGUGGUGGAGGAGGAAAGAGAAACCGUCAUGUGACUUUACUGAUGGACAAAUGCUAGAUAUAUUGAAGGAUUCAAUAUAGGACAAUAUAGUCCUUCGCUUCUCAGGAUUUCCUUACAAUUGCUGUUGUUGGACCAUCAGCUGGAGACACAGAGAAAGACUGGAGAAAUGAGCCACGAGUCUGGAAGCUUCUACAGCAUCUUCACCAGCAGCAUUUGGAGGAGGAGAACAGAUUUUGCUUUGGAUUUUUUUAUUUUAGAUAUUUGCAUCGUAGACAAGCAACUGCGGUGCUUUCAGGUCGUCAUAUCACCUCCAUACAUGAAGAAGGGUGAGUUUGCAUCAGGAUCACGUCAUAUGAAGCAUCGUGAGACCGUCAAUUGUAAAUAAGACUCUCAUGUUAUUUUUAAAUGCGUAAUGUUUUUGAUCAGCACUAAUGUCAUCUUAUUUACACUAGUCCAAACAGAUGCCAGUAGAGGCCAUCUUUGUAUUAUUUUAGCAGUCUUUUAUUUAACAGUAGAAAAUGUGAUAUUUAAGCCUUGAGCGUUUGCGUCUCAUUUGUUGCCAAAUCUCGCCACGCUGUGUUGACCAUAAAAACAAAAGGUGAUUCCCUCUUGAGAUUGCUUUAUUGGCAGUGAUAAUGAAGUGAUUUUGCCACUGGUGUAAUGUCGACAAUUUUUAUUUUGUUAAUAAUGUUUAUUUUGUUUGUAAGUGUGUGCUUUUCGUUUUCAGGCUAAUGUUUGGGCUGCCUUAACCAUUCAAUACAUCACAGCUAAGCGAUCACUUAUAUUUUGGUCAAUAAUUAGAUUUGUUCUGGUAUGGUUCAGAGUUGCUAAGCUAUUUUGAGUGGUUCCAGUUUGAAUAUGACCUCUUACCCCUUAUUAACCUUUGUGUAAUGUUCAAAUUGACUAUCCUUUCAUUAUGUUGGGGGCUGUUUUUGCCCCAUUGACUUCCAUUAUAAUUGAUUGCAAAGCCAUGACACCAUAUAAUCAUGGGUUCUUGAUGUUGGUAGUUUUCCCUGUUGAGAAGAGGUAAAUUUACUCAUUUUAAUAGUUGAUUAUCAGUUGGCAGCAUCAACCCUUUUGAUAGCAUGCAUGAAAUCUGUCAUAUUCAUGUUUAGAAAACAAUUAGCGUAGCUGCUGUUCCUGAUUUAUUUGCACAAGAGAUGUUAAUGUAAUGUGAAAGAAUGCAUUUGUAGAGUUGCGAGGGACCUUGUCACCAAUUCUGUUCAUAAUUUUUAUGGACAGAAUUUCAAGGCCCAGCCUUGGGCUGGAGGGGGUCCGGUUCGGGGACCACAAGAUUUCAUCUCUGUUAUUCGCAGACGAUGUUGUUCUGUUGGCUUUAUCGAACAUGGACCUUCAGCAUGCACUGGGGUGGUUUGCUGCCGAGUGUGACGCGGCUGGGAUAAGAAUCAGCACCUCCAAGUCCGAGGCCAUGGUGUUCCACCGGAAAAAGGUGGUUUGCCAUCUCCAGGUUGGAGGAAAGUCCUUACCCCAGGUGGAAGAGUUUGAGUACCUCAGGGUUUUGUUCACAAGUGAGGGAAGGAUGGAACGUGAGAUUGACAGGUGGAUUGGUGCAGUGGCAGCAGUAAUGUAGUCGAUGUACUGGUCCGUUGUGGUGAAGAAGGAGCUGAGCCGAAAGCCAAAGCUCUCGAUUUACCGGUCAAUCUACGUUCCUACGCUCACCUACGGUCAUGAGCUUUGGGCCAGGACCGAAAGGACAAGAUCUCGGAUAUAAGAGGCUGAAAUGAGUUUCCUUCGAAGGGUAGCAGGCCUUUUGGAUAAGAUGAGGAGCUCUGACACCCGGGAGGAGCUCGGAGUAGAGCCGCUGCUCCUCCACAUCGAGAGAAGUCAGCUGAGGUGGCUCGGGUAUCUGUUUCGGAUGCCUCCUGGACGCCUACCUAGGGAGGUGUUCCAGGCAUGUUCCACCGGAAGGAGGCCUUGGGGAAGACCUAGGACACGCUGGAGGGACUAUGUCUCUCGGCUGGCCUGGGAACGCCUCAGGAUCCCCGCGGAGGAGCUGACGGAAGUGUCUGGGGAGAAGGAAGUCUGCGGUUCUCACUUAAGACUGCAGCCCCCAUGACCCGGCCCCGGAAAAGCGGCAGAAAAAUGAAUGAUGAAUGUUCUGAGAGGCUUGUUUUUAUUUUCUCAAACAUAUCAGGGUAAGUGUGCAAAGAUCUCUCUCACACACUAUACUCUAUAUAGAAGCCAGAAACUAAGCUUUUUUACAGUGUAACUGAUGAUCAACAAUAAAAAUCACAAACUGUACCAGCAACAAUCAAGAAUGCACGAUUAAAUGCUGUCAUGGCUUUCGGGAUCAAAAUAUUUGAUGAUAAUGGAUGUCAAUGGGGCAAAAAAACAGCCACCAAUAUAACAAAAGGGUAGUCAAUUUGCCUAGAUUGUAUUUUUGAGUUUUUGGAAAAAUUCCAAAAGCGUUUUCCCAAAAUAUGUGUCAGAGUAAGAUUUGUCACCAAAGAUCAUUUCAUUUGCUGAAACACAGAGAAGGUUGUGGCCAAAUUAAGCCUCAAAAUCAGCCCAGAGUGGAUGAAAACAUCCCCAGCAGCACACAAAGGUUCAAUUUAGGUAGCUUUCAGUGUGAAACGGAUGCGUUUUAUAAGCCCUUUUUUAUUGUUCAAAUGGGAAAAUCAUUAAAUAGGUUCAGUCUUAAAUGGAUCACUUGUGCAAUACAAGUCCACAAGACUUGUAGGCCUUCCUAUCCAUCAUUGAAGCUUUCAGAAGGUUUGCAGGUGCUCCCUUUGUGGCUGUUAUUCUGCUCACUCAUUCAUCAUGAAAGUGCAGACCUAAAGGACAAGGGAUCAUUUGGGACCGACCCAUAGUCUGAUUAACUAUAAGCAAUAAACAAAGUUCAUUUAAUUCACUGAAUUAAGACAAUAAAAAAGUGUAAAUACCAUCAGCAAAUGACCAAGAAUGAACAUCCAGAUCUAAAUCUAAUUUAUAUAUCUAACAUAUCUAAUUGUAUGCCGUACACUUUUCUCUCAGUAACCCCCCAAAAAAUAUGAAAGCAUUUAGGAAAUCAUAUGAUCAUAGGAAAAUGGACAUUUAUGAAUGAAUUGACCUGCAUCAUGCUGACAGAUUAGCUCAUUAGACUUACUCAAUUGAGUAUAGUGACAAUAGUGUAGUGGACAAUAGUGUAAAUGAAUCCAUUCUCUGUAGCAUUAUAGUACAGUGUUAUUGUUCCUGGAGCUUUAUAUUCAUGUAAUUCAUGUUCAUUGAAGCAUUGAGGCACAUUUUUUAUUAUUUUACUGGUGAAAAAUAUCCCAUAUUCAUCUCAAAGGCUUUCACAAACAACCUAGGAAAUCUGGAAGGGCUUUUUGUUUAUGUUGCAUUACAAGCUGUUCACACAUUGGCAGUAAACAGAGCUUUAAUAUAUUCUUACAUGCAGCCUCAUUUAACAGGACACACGAUUUGAGGCUUCGUUUGUGUGUAGAAAAGUGAGAACUGGUCUUAAUAUUAAAGAUAAACCCAAAUGAAAUACAGUAAAAAUAAUAAUUUUACAAUAUAUAUAUACACUUAAAAUAUUGCUAGUUUAGCAUUCAACAAAUUAAAAGUGAUUAA